AUGAUCUGGUCUGGAGGAACUAGACGUCUUCUUAGAACCUUCAGCACAUUUGAGUCUGACAGGAAAGAUUACAACAGUUUUCGAGCUGGUGUCAGACGAAGCUAAAUUUAUUUACAAAUGUAUCCUCACUGAUUGUCCCACAGCAGGAAAAUGCCUGAAGCUGAAGUUCUUUACUCUGAUAUUAAGUUCAAAAGAGCGGAGGGGAAAACAGACGUGGCCACACCCUCUACGGAUGAACCCAAUUAUUGCGAAGUCAAGAUCUCAAAAGCUCAGCGACCUGGCUCCAAACAACCUGCAGCAUCAAACAGGCGAUCGGGGGUCACAUCGGAGCGAGUGGCCCUGCUGGUCCUCAGUGUUCUCCUGGCAGCUGCAGUCACAGCUCUUGGUGUAACCCUUUAUGAAAAUAUUCAAACCAAGAAGCUUCAAGAGGAAUGUGAGGCAAAACAUCUCACAGAUGAAACAUGUCCGAGGUGCGAGGACGGCUGGGAGCCACAUGGAGGAAAGUGCUACUUCUUCUCCUCGGUUAAGUUAAUCUGGAAUGAGAGUAGAACACAAUGCAAAUCAAUGAAAGGAGACCUGGUUGUAAUAAACAGCAGAGAGGAGCAGAGAUUACUGGAGUCUAAAGUGAGGGGAAAAAAGGACAAACCUGAGUUCUGGAUCGGACUGACAGACUCAAAGAGAGAGGGUGAAUGGCUUUGGGUGGACGACACACAACUGGAUCCAAGUUUGACGUUUUGGCGUGAGGGCGAGCCAGACAACUGGAAUGGGGAUAAUCCUGAUGGAGAGAACUGUGUGACGAUGUGGGAGAAAGACGGAUUCAUGGAACUGAAGACCUGGUUCGAUCAAUCCUGCAAAUCCUCUCAUGAAUAUAUUUGUGAGAAAUCAGAAAAAGCAUGAGCCUGAAUCCAGUUGGAUCAGAUUGAGCUCGAGUCCUCAGCCACUUUCACAAUCUGAGGCAUGAAGCUUUAUUAAUGAAGAUCCUCUACAGACAUAAACAACUUUGAAUAAUAUCUAGAGUCUCAUAUGUUCUUCAGUUUCCUUCUUAUUUUAAAGUGACGUCUACUCCUCCCUCAUAUAAAAUCUAUGAAUAUUAAAUAUUAUAUAUAA